AUCCACGUGACUGUAUUGAUACUACUGAAAGGUGUUCUAUUUGCUCGCAGUUCCCGUUUGAUACCUGAUAAAGCAAAUCUUGGUUUUCGUUUUCCUUGUGAUGGACCUGGAAGAGGGGGGACAUGUCAAGUAUCUGCCUGGGAUCAUGUCUUCUUAGGUCUAUUCUGGAUGUACAAUGCGAUUUCCGUAGUUAUUUUCCAUUUCAGUUGGAAAAUGCAGUCGGAUGUUUGGGGUACUAUAAGUGAUCAAGGGGUAGUAACUCAUAUUACAGGAGGAAACUUUGCGCAGAGUUCCAUUACUAUUAAUGGGUGGCUUCGAGAUUUCUUAUGGGCACAGGCAUCUCAGGUAAUUCAGUCUUAUGGUUCUUCAUUAUCUGCAUAUGGUCUCUUUUUCUUAGGUGCUCAUUUUGUCUGGGCUUUCAGUUUAAUGUUUCUAUUCAGUGGCCGUGGUUAUUGGCAAGAACUCAUUGAAUCCAUCGUUUGGGCUCAUAACAAAUUAAAAGUUGCUCCUGCUACUCAGCCUAGAGCCUUGAGCAUUGUACAAGGACGUGCUGUAGGAGUAACCCAUUACCUUCUGGGUGGAAUUGCCACAACAUGGGCAUUCUUCUUAGCAAGAAUUAUUGCAGUAGGAUAAUGGCUAGGAGGAUUUGAAAGGCAUUAUGGCAUUAAGAUUUCCGAGGUUUAGCCAAGGCUUAGCUCAGGACCCCACUACUCGUCGUAUUUGGUUUGGUAUUGCUACCGCACAUGACUUCGAGAGUCAUGAUGAUAUUACUGAGGAACGUCUUUAUCAGAACAUUUUUGCUUCUCACUUUGGGCAAUUAGCAAUAAUCUUUCUGUGGACGUCCGGAAAUCUCUUUCAUGUAGCUUGGCAAGGAAAUUUUGAGUCAUGGAUACAAGACCCUUUACAUGUAAGACCUAUUGCUCAUGCAAUUUGGGAUCCUCAUUUUGGUCAACCAGCUGUAGAAGCCUUUACUCGAGGAGGUGCUACCGGUCCAGUGAAUAUCGCUUAUUCCGGCGUUUAUCAGUGGUGGUAUACAAUCGGAUUACGCACUAAUGAAGAUCUUUAUACUGGAGCUCUUUUUCUAUUAUUUCUUUCUGCUAUAUCCUUAAUAGCGGGUUGGUUACACUUACAACCAAAAUGGAAACCAAGCGUUUCGUGGUUCAAAAAUGCCGAAUCUCGUCUAAAUCAUCAUUUGUCAGGACUUUUCGGAGUGAGUUCUUUGGCUUGGACAGGACAUUUAGUUCAUGUCGCUAUUCCAGGAUCCAGGGGACAGUACGUCAGAUGGAAUAAUUUUUUAGAUGUAUUACCCUAUCCUCAAGGGUUGGGACCACUUUUUACGGGUCAGUGGAAUCUUUAUGCCCAAAACCCUGAUUCGAGUAGCCAUUUAUUUGGUACUUCCCAAGGAACAGGAACUGCCAUUCUAACCCUUCUCGGUGGAUUUCAUCCACAAACGCAAAGUUUAUGGCUGACCGAUAUUGCUCAUCAUCAUUUAGCUAUUGCAUUUAUUUUCCUGAUCGCUGGUCAUAUGUAUAGAACUAACUUCGGGAUUGGGCACAGUAUCAAAGAUCUUUUAGAAACACAUAUUCCUCCAGGGGGUCGAUUAGGGCGUGGGCAUAAGGGUCUUUAUGACACAAUCAAUAAUUCGCUUCAUUUUCAAUUAGGUCUUGCUCUAGCCUCUUUAGGGGUUAUUACUUCCUUAGUAGCUCAACACAUGUACUCUUUACCUGCUUAUGCAUUCAUAGCACAAGACUUUACUACUCAAGCUGCGUUAUAUACUCAUCACCAAUACAUCGCAGGGUUUAUCAUGACAGGAGCCUUUGCUCAUGGAGCUAUAUUCUUCAUUAGAGAUUACAAUCCAGAACAGAAUGAGGAUAAUGUAUUGGCAAGAAUGUUAGACCACAAAGAAGCUAUCAUAUCUCAUUUAAGUUGGGCCAGCCUGUUUCUUGGGUUCCAUACCUUGGGCCUUUAUGUUCAUAACGAUGUUAUGCUCGCUUUUGGUACUCCGGAAAAACAAAUCUUGAUUGAACCUAUAUUUGCCCAAUGGAUACAAUCCGCUCAUGGUAAGACUUCAUAUGGGUUCGAUGUACUCUUAUCUUCAACGAAUGGCCCAGCAUUCAAUGCAGGUCGAAGCAUAUGGUUACCGGGCUGGUUGAAUGCUGUUAAUGAGAAUAGUAAUUCACUCUUCUUAACAAUAGGUCCUGGGGACUUCUUGGUUCAUCAUGCUAUUGCUCUAGGUUUGCAUACAACUACACUGAUUUUAGUAAAAGGUGCUUUAGAUGCACGUGGUUCCAAGUUAAUGCCAGAUAAAAAGGAUUUCGGUUAUAGUUUUCCUUGCGACGGCCCAGGACGCGGCGGUACUUGUGAUAUUUCUGCUUGGGACGCAUUUUAUUUGGCAGUUUUCUGGAUGUUAAAUACCAUUGGGUGGGUUACUUUUUAUUGGCAUUGGAAACACAUCACUUUAUGGCAGGGUAACGUUUCACAAUUUAAUGAAUCUUCCACU